CUGAUGAACAGCAGGGAUGAAAGGGGGGAUGGUAAAGGGUAACAGAAAAGAAAAGAAGAGGAACAGAGGGGGGAAUAACGGGAUCUGUGGGUGUGGAAGGAGAAAUAAAUCAGGCUGACUCGUGUAGUGUUGUUUUACAGAUCAGAACAGGACGAGUUAAGCUCAGAGCUUUAUAAGGUCUCAGUGACGCCUCCCGAAAAGCCCGAUUGGCGCACACACCUAAGCAUCAUGGCGAACGUGUGCGGGUACGGGAGGUUCACCCACGCGGUCGUACGCACCGUGCCGGCAGACGCCCCGGGCAUGGACGCAGAGGUGGACGUGGCGAAGCUUCAGCGUCAGUAUGGGGUACUAGUGGGAACUCUGAGGCAAAAGGUAGGGCUGCAGGUGGUGGAGAUCCCACCCGAUACACACCUCCCCGACAGCUGGAGAAUAGAGGACACGGCCAUCGUACAGGGGGACACGGGGCUCAUCACACACCCCCUGAACCAGAGGAGGCAUCCAGAGGCCGAGGCAGUGAGGCGUGUCCUGACCGAGCUGAACCUCAGCGUGGUGGAGAUGGACGAUGAAGGAGCCACGUUAGAGGGGUCAGAUGUUCUCUUCACCGGGAGAGAGUUCUUCGUCGGCCUCUCCAAAAACACCAACCAGCGCGGUGCCGAGAUCCUCGCCAACACGUUCAGGGACUUUGCAGUAUCCACAGUGCCUGUGUGUGCUGGUACACGUCUGAAGAACAUCUGCUCGAUGGGGGGUCCAGAAACCAUCGUCUUCAGUAACAGUGAGGGAGCCAGAAAAACACUGAGGGUGAUGGAGCAGCUGACGGAUCAUCACUAUGAAAUACUGUCAGUACCAGAAGACGCUGCAGCGAACUGUGUGUACGUACGAGGAGCGAGUGACGCCAAUUACCUGCUGCACCCCACCGCCGACGAAUGUCCCAACAGCAUCUCUGCGUUCCAGAAGCUCGCCGAUUACACUCUCCUCCCUACAGCAUCCAGCGAGGCCGUCAAACUCAGAGGGGCGCUGUCGUCCUUCUGCCUUCUGAUUAACAGGAAACUUCCAUAUUAAAAACCUCGUACGUGCCGGAUGAUGAACCAGAAACUUUGCUCACAACACCAGGAAACAUUAAAGCUUACGAGAUAAUAAGCAUGUUUUUUUUCUGUAUACGAGUGAUCUUCAAAAAGUUUCCUCACUUUUAUAUUUAGGUUAUAUGCGGUGAGGGUGGGAGGAGGAGUAAUCGGUCGUGUCUGAGAGACUGAGAGACGCUUAUAGUCCAGAUUUAGCUCCAUCUGAUUUUCACCUGUUUGGACGCUCAAAGAAGCUUUAAGAGGAAGAAGAUUUUCAUGUGAUGAUGUGAAAAGUGAUAUCAUUUGUUUUUAAAAUUCUUAAUAAACAGAGUUAAUAAAGUGCACAAAUUUUUGGAAGAAC